GGAGGUCGAUAACCAGCCCCCCAUCGGUCCGUCUCUAACGCGAAAUAAGUAACGCCAAAGCAGAAUCAAAAGAAAGCAAAAAGAAAACGGAGACCUUCGAGCGCCAAGUUGAUCCUGAUUACCUUCUAGUCCAGCACGUCUCCUGGCAUCUGGGCCAUCGGUGGUUGUGGGGCUUAAUUCGCGCGUGAACGUGUGGAGAACCCUCCAUGUCUGUAUGUGUUUGUGUGCCAGUGCAUGAGUGUGUGCGUGGAUCUUGGCGAGAAUCUUUAGAACUUGGCAGUCCCUCGAAGGCGAGUGGAGUUGUAAACAUAAACAAACCACAUUAGAUGUGAGUGCGGAACCGGAGCUCGGAGCUCGCAACAGCAACAGCAGAAGCAACAUGUCCUCGUCGACGCCAGAGCGCAAGCGCUACCACAAGGACAACGCGCCCACGGACGAUAUUCUGACGCUGAUCAACCUGGUGCGCCAGAAUCCGGCGCUCUACAACUACAAGCUCCAGCCGAACCAGCGCCGCCGUUCCGAUGUCCUCAACGGCUGGCAGGAGGUGGCCCAGCAGAUUGGCAACAAGUACACCGUGCAGGAGGUGAGGCGCAAGUGGAAGAACCUGCGGGACACCUACCACCAGUACCGCCUCCGCACGCCCAAGUGCAUCGAGGGCCGGCUUUCCAAGUGGCGCUACGCCAAGGAGCUGGACUUCCUGUCGACGGUGUACCAGCCCAAGCUGAAGUCCCACCGCACCACACUGAGCUAUGAGACGACGAGCAGCAGUGGAAAUGCGACCGUAGGCACCGCGAGCGCCAACAGCACAACUCUGCCCAUCGGGGCCAUGCUCCACCUGAAGCAGCACGUUGAGGACGAGGAUGAUGAGGUGGUGGAUGAUGAUGUACAGUCGGAUCCGGACACGGCCACUGUCUCCUCCCACCACGGGGCCUCGCAGAUCACCUUGGUUAGCGAGGAGGCGGAGACCUUUAUCCUGACCGCCUACGAGGAGGGCGUAGCGGAUGACUCAGUAUCGCAGCACCACCAUCAGCCACACAGCCACCACCAGCACCACCACCACAGUCACCACCAGCCGCACCAUCACCAGCACCACCACCACAGCCACCACCAGUCGCAGCACGACCGCAGCAUCUCCAGCAUCGAGCUCUCGCAGCUAGCACAUGACGACGACGUGGUCGAUGAUGUGGACGACGACGAUGACGACGUGGACGGGCAUGUGGUGGACAUCGUGAAGCACGAGCUGGACGAGGACGGAGCUACCGGGGCGGAGGUCGACUACGAGGAGGUGUGUCUCUACGAGGAGGCCAGCGGGGCCCAUGUGGACUGCGAGAUGGGCGUGGGAGAUGCCGUCGACGGGAGCAGCGAUGUGGUGUCGCUCGGCAAGGGCUUUCACUACAUCGACGCCCACGACUUCUGCAUAUCGGACAUAGAGCCCCAGACGGUGCGCAGCAGCAAGCACCAGUUCCAGCCGUCGACCAGCGCCUCCAACAGUGUGCUGGCGGGAGGAGCUGUGGUGGGCGACGGCAAGCUGAAGAAUCUCACGCUGGUGACGACCACGGCGACAGGUGGAAACACAACAGGAGGUGGCCCACAAGGAGUCUCGCGGACAGAUCAGAUUUCCCUGGUGGAUGUCACCGAAGCCACCAGCACCAGUGUCACCAUUUCCAGCACUCCGGCCGUAUCUCUGAACGCAGCCACUGUGACAACGACGCCGGCGCCAGCUCUAUGCAACACGACAUCCUUUACAGCGACGCCCACGGCGACGAUUCUGCAGCUGCCAAACUUGAACUGCGGCGCCGGUGGGGGCGGCAGCGGAUCGGGCGCUUCCGUCGGAUGCGGCGGAGUUCCCUUGUCCGUGAGUGCGGCCAGCAGCAGUACCACCAAUCUGAUCAAGGAGGAAGAGUUCCAGCAGCAGCAGCAGCUUGCCCAGGCCCUGGCAAAGCGGGACGAACUGGAUCUGUUCUUUGAUUUCCUCAAGAAGAAGAUGCAGUGCUUCAGCAAGACCCAGAUCACGCACAUCCAGAUGGAGUUCCUCAACUGCGUCAGUCGGCAGGAGUCGGCCGAGCAGGAUGGCAAGGAUUAGAUUCCGACCCCCGGUCGCCCACCCCAGUAGUUGCGUAGUUUAUUUUUUUCAGUGUUUAGGAUUAGGACUCGUACCGUUUACCAGUUUACAAGAUUCCGGACCCAGUUGCGGGGUCUUCGGCUAGCUUUACCGCCCAUCUCUCCAUCCCUCGUCACCCCAAGGGACUCUCCGCUAAGAGCCCCCGUAGUCCCCGUCGUCGCGCCACCCGCACCAGCCAGUCGCUUUUGCAUAUUGUUUAUAUGUAGCUCAGCGUUAUAUACAAUUAUUUCAUGUAAGUGUAUAAUAAAUCGAUUCUCGAAAAGUAA